GGGUCCAAUCCAACGCGCCGCCGCGAACUCCACUUCCAAUUUCUGCUAACCUGCUGCUGCGGUCGCCGGCGGCGAGGAGGAGGAGGAGGAAGGGGCUGAGAGAUGGCGGGCGCCGGCGGCACGAGGGAGCGGGAGGAGGAAGAGGAGGACGACUUCGUCUGCCUGGAUCCCUCCUUCUUCAUGAACCGCAACUACGAGAUGAAGACCUUCACCUACGGCUCCCAGGAGCUCCAGCUCCUCUGCCUCAGCUCCGCCUGCACUGAUUAUGAUCUUACUGGACAAUUAGUGUGGCCAGGUGCUGUUCUGAUGAACACGUACCUAUCUGAACACCCUGAGACUGUGAAGGGGCGUUCACUAAUUGAGUUAGGAUCUGGGAUCGGCAUUACCGGCAUAUUGUGCAGCCGUUUCUGCAAAGAGGUGGUAUUGACUGAUCACAAUGAUGAAGUUCUAGAGAUUAUAAAGAAAAAUAUAGAGAUGCAGUCAUGUUCUGGCAAUGCGGAUGCAGUGUUGACUGCUGAGAAGCUAGAAUGGGGAAAUCAUGAUCAUCUAAGCAAUAUCAUUGAAAAACAUCCUGUUGGAUUUGAUCUCAUUCUUGGAGCCGAUAUCUGCUUCCAGCAAGCUAGCAUUCCAUGUCUCUUUGAUACUGUAGAGAAGCUUCUUCGUAUGCAGGCCAAUAAAUGUAGAUUUAUACUGGCUUAUGUAUCACGAACCAAAGUCAUGGACGCACUGGUACUGAAGGAAGCUGAAAAACGUGGAAUGCUUGUCGAGGAAGUGGACGGGACAAGAACAACCAUCACAGAUCUCGAAGGCGUCAUAUUCGACAUCACCCUCAAAUGACGCCUCCGAUGGAAUGCUUGGGUGACAAUUCCAUCAGACAGGAACAAGAUGUGGAGCCUCCUCCCAUCAGGAAAGCCAAUGUUACCGCCUUCAUGAUCUGCUGAGCUGGCCCUGAACAUGAUGUGGUCUCUAGUCCGCAUCUCUCCACUCCAUGGGAGAAAACAGUUGCACAACACCAGCAUCAGUCCUGAUAUGGCGCUGAUUGAUUCAGCGUAACUUUUAAAUGAUUCGUCGGUCGUGACCCCUUUCGCUAAAUCAAGAAGCGAUUCGGGGUCACGAGCAUCGCAUUGCCGUCACAGCUUUUUUUCCUAGACCGUCUAUGAAGUACCAAUGAGAUGACCAGGCACUGAUGAAGGCCCUUGAUCGA